UAGGUGAGGGAAAUAAGCCUGUUGGGAGAAGUAAACGGUCUGCAAGUAUUCGAAACUCACAUGAAAAGAAGCCUGUUAAAUCUCAGGAUCGUACUCCCUCAAGUAACAACAUAGUAGAAGAAGAUGAGUUAGCUCCAUCAAAUGCAGUCAUAAAAAAACAAGUUAACUUGCUAACUAAAGUUAGGAGCAGAAGAAAGAUAGUACCUGAGAAACCUCUAAGUAUGGGUGACUGGAAAAAUUCUGAGAUUCUAGAGAAGUUUUCGCAUUGCAUAUCUAGUUUCCGAGCACGAAGAUGGUGUCUUUUUGAGUGGUUCUACAGUGCAAUUGACUAUCCAUGGUUUGCCAGACAAGAGUUUGUUGAGUAUUUGGAUCAUGUAGGGUUGGGCCAUGUUCCUAGAUUAACUCGCGUUGAAUGGGGUGUCAUAAGGAGUUCUCUUGGGAAACCGAGGCGAUUUUCUCAACAGUUUUUGAAGGAGGAGAAAGAAAAGCUAUACCUAUACAGGGAUUCUGUAAGAAAACAUUAUGAUGAACUAAACAAGGGCAUGAGGGAAGGACUUCCAAUGGAUCUGGCUCGGCCUCUAAAUGUUUCACAGAGAGUCAUUUCCGUGCAUCCAAAGUCGAGAGAGAUUCAUGACGGCAGUGUCCUAACUAUUGAUCACUGUAGGUACCGGAUUCAGUUUGACAACCCUGAAUUAGGGGUGGAAUUUGUUAAGGAUACUGAAUGCAUGCCACUGAAUCCUCUAGAAAACAUGCCAGCAUCACUUGCAAAGCACUAUGCUUUCUCAAACUAUAACAUUCAGAAUUCUAGUGAGGAGAAAAUGCAAGAGCGGGUAAAGGAAAGCACGCCGGAAGGAUAUCUCAAACUUUCGUGUGAGACAGGCCAUCUCUUAAACUCCCCAAAUUUUAACAUUAGCAAUUCACUAAAGCAGGAGAAGGUAGAUAUCUCAAGUUCAAAUCCACAAGCUCAAGAUGGAGUCGACGAGGCUCUUGAUUUACAAUCGUUGAAUCCUCAGCCUUCAACUAUUGGACAUAUCCAGGCAAGAGAAGCUGAUGUCAAAGCUCUCUCUGAACUAACACGUGCGCUUGACAAGAAGGAGCUAGUUUUGAGGGAGCUAAAGUGCAUGAACAACGAGGUUGUGGAAAGUCAGAAAGAUGGACAUAGUGCUCCGAAGGAUUCUGAAUCUUUUAAGAAACAAUAUGCAGCAGUUCUCUUUCAACUAAGCGAAAUAAAUGAGCAGGUUUCACUGGCACUUCUUGGCUUGAGGCAACGGAAUACUUACCAAGAGAAUGUACCAUAUGCAUCAAUAAGACACAUGAGUAAAUCAGGGGAACCUGAUGACCAGUUGACCUACGUAGACAGUUAUGCAUCUGAAACCAAUGGAUUCCAUGUGUCUGAGAUCGUCGAAAGUUCUAGAAUAAAAGCACGGAAAAUGGUAUACAGAGCUGUACAGGCGUUGGCGUCACUGAGGAAAGACAAAAAUGAUGUUGUAAAUAUGGAAGAAGCCAUUGAUUUUGUAAAUAAUCAGCUUUCUAUAGAUCAAACAGAAGGUCCAUCAGUCCACCAAAGACAAGGUGCCCAGGAUCAGCGUCUUCCCUCUACACCAAAUCCACGUAGCUCAACUCCUGCAAAUGAUUCCCAUCAAAACCAACCCGACCAAAAUGACCUACAAAUCCCAUCUGAACUUGUUUCACGCUGUAUGGCUACAUUGCUUAUGAUACAGAAAUGUACGGAGAGGCAAUUCCCACCAAGUGAAGUUGCCCAGGUUCUGGACUCGGCGGUGGCGAGUUUACAGCCUUGCUGCUCUCAGAACCUUCCGAUCUAUACAGAGAUUCAGAAGUGCAUGGGAAUCAUAAGAAACCAGAUUCUUGCCCUCGUACCCUCCUAAAGUAAUAAAAUCCUAAAACCAUAACUUAACCUUUGUCUCUUCAAUGAUGCUUGUUUCUCCUGUAAAAUCCGUAUUUCCUUAUAGAAAAUUCGUUUAGUAUACCUCAUUUAUUUGGAGUGACUCACGAUAACUAUCCCGAGUUCAUAUUUUACACAUAACCCACCCAUCAAUUGUUAGACGGGACUGGAUCGCCGGUCCAUUGUCAUUUUCUUGUAUGGUACUAAAUAGUUUCAUCCCUUAUCGUGUUUGACUAAAUUUCAUUCUAGUUUUCAUUAUAUGUACUA